AUGCCUACUGCCACAGAGUUUUUCGGCUUCAGUGCCCACAAUCUAGGUCCUCUGACGACCACUUACACCGCACCAUCCAGUUGCUCGACAGGAACAGAUCGUCUCGCUUUUGUCAACGCCAGCGACCCUGUUAGAGCUCAUGGUAUUCCUACAUGCGACGUCAAGCCAUAUGGUGAUUGCCUCCCUAGUGGAAGUUCUUGGGAGUCUGUUGAGGGACAGACUACUGAGUUUGUGCAAGGACUAUACGCUUAUUACUCACCUGGCCUCGUUUGUCCUUCGGGUUGGCGUACUGUGGGAAGUCUGGCGCAUGAUGACGACGACGACAAAAAGGCUAUAGCUUCAGGUGCCCUGGCAACUCCCAAAUGGGAUGAGCAGCCAGGACUCAGGGUCCUUCAUGCAACUGAGUUCUGGCUAGGAGUCUUGGAACCUUCUGAAACUCUUGCAUAUUGCUGUCCUAGUGAUUAUCAAGCAGAUGCCUUUGGACUGUGCAUCUCUACUCUCGGUCCAAUCGAGUCCUACACCUAUUCCGAGAUGUGCCUCACGAUUGGCAACGACUUUGUACCUAUCAAGACCUGGGAUGGCACUACCUUGUCAGAUUAUGAGCUGCUAUCUAUGGCAUCUGGGACUGAAGAGCCCUGGACGACAUUGGAUGACCGCCUCUUGACUGUAACUGAAGUUCUGGAGUACUUAGCUAUUGCGACAUAUGUACCUGCUGUGCCACUGGUAUACAAAAAGUCUGAUCUGGGAAAAGACGAUGAUAACAACGACAGCAGCGAUGAUGAUGAUGAAGAUGGUAACAAUGAUGACGAUGGAAAUGAUGAUGAUAAUGCAGCUUCAGCUGCGACUUCUCUACAGGGAGCUGUGAGUGUGCUUGCCAUGACCUUGGGACUACUUGCAGGAGCUGGCAUGCUCCUGUAA